CAAUCGGUCAACAAAGCAAAACAUCAAAAGUAAAAGACUGAAAAAAGUGCCUUCAAACCACUACUGAGUGUUCAUGAUCAAGUGAGCUUCAAGUCAAUAUAUUUUUAUGGUUCCUAUCAAUAGAAGAAAUAGUGUUUCUCUUUACUGAAGACUGGUAGUGAGAUUUAUGAAAAUUCAUUCAGCUAAUUGAUGCCAAGCAAUUGAACUACGAUUGAUUUGUACAUGGGUUAACAAAAGUAUACCAAGUUAUCAAAGCCAAUGAGAAAGCAAAGCAAUACAUACAGAAACAGCCGAAAAUACCAGUGGUUGCCAAGUAACACAUGAUGAAGAAACACUGGGUCAAAAUGUUAUGUAAAUGUUGGGUCAAAUGUGGCAAGGGCGGAUUCAUUGGAAUUGAGUGACUAGUCACUCCCCUUUGGAGUUAGAAAUAAAUGACGAUAAAGGUUAACCAAGUGCAAAGCGGCAAUAAAGAUUUGUUGCUCGGCUCUGGUGAUAUUCUAAGAAUCAACACAACAGUUCCUGAAGCGAAACUGAUCAAGGUCCAACAAGGUGUCCUUUCGAAGCAAAUCACUCCCUUGGAUGUUACACUCAAGGACGGAAUGGCAACACAGUGGCCGUAUAAAUAUGCAGAGCUUGUGUUUAGUGGGAACGUAGUCUUUGAGCAAGGGUCCGUUGUGAAUGUGUCUGGUAAAUAUGGAUUGUCUAUCCAGUCUCUUACUGGGGACAUCACUAUUAGAAGUAACAUCAGUAUGACAUGUGCUGUUAAUGCUUCUGCGAUGGACAUGUGCCUUGGUGGAUAUUCUCGUAGGAUCAUAGAAUGCGUGGCCCAAUUCGUAGCGGUUAUAGUGGCAGGAGCAGGUCCCGGUUAUGUAUCAGAUGAGAGUUGUGAUGUAAACGCACAUUAUCUGUCAUCACAAGGUGCGGUAGGACAUGGAGGCAAGGGGGCAGGUGCACAAAAAGCGGGCUCUGACUUUUAUGGCUGGUUCUAUGAAAGGGAAAAUAUAAAGACAAUGAUUGGAGGAAGUUCAGGGUGGCACUUUAAAGACAGCUAUAAGAUGCCCAGGUCUGGGGGUGGAGCUGUAGAAAUUCAAGCUGAUAAUGGAACCAUAAGCUUGUCUUCCAAAAUAUCGGCCAACGCGCAGCAUGUUUCCUCAACAAGUGAAACACACAGUGGAAGCUCAGGAGGAACAAUUCGUCUCAAGGCACGAAAGGUGAUUCUUCAACCUAACAGUCGCCUAGAAGUAGACGGUUCACCUGGAGGAUUAGCCAGUGCUAUCAAUACGGUAUCAGAUCGGUUUCUGCGUGCUGGCGGGGCAGGUGGAGUUGUUCAGAUCGUAGCAGCUUCGGGUAAUAUAGAACAACCAGAGGCCAUCUCGAUGAAACCUGGCAGCAGUAUUGGAACAAACUUAAGAUCUGAUCCUGGAUUCCUCUUGAUUAGAGAUUAUUCUGGCAAGUUCUACAAGACUUGGAAUUCAAGUUCGUCAUUUCCAAAUGUUGCCUAUUCGUGGGGUGAAGCAACGUCACAUGCUGUUAAAUACUGCCUGCCCAAUAGCCUGGGAACCCAUCGAACACUGGCACUUGACCAAGAUCCAAUAAAUAAACAAAUUCGACAGAUACAGCUACGAAGUUCCUGCUUAAAGAACCAAUCUGGUUUAAUCAAUCCCUUGGAGCUUGCAAACUACUUUGCAGGCUUGGUCACAGACAUUUAUUACGUGGUCAUCAACCAAUCACUUACCAGAAUCCAGCUCGAUGGAUGUGUUGAAGCRCUGACUGAACUGAAGGAUACCUACAUGAUCCUGGCCAAUACGUCACAAGUAAUCUCUCUCGGUGAUAAUUGGGAUUUCUGGGAUUUGUUUAACAAUGUUUCGCGGAUAGUUGAUGAGAUUAUUGAUCCACGCAAUAAACAAAUAUGGAACGAUUCAAAACUGAUUACUAUGCUUGAUCUCAUGGACGAAAUAAGCGAAAUAGCAGCAGGAAAAAUAUUACAAUCCUCGCCGGGUAUCGUUGCCAGACUCGGUUAUCUAGGCACAAAUAUGGCUAUUCAGAUCGUAAAAUAUGCCCAAGCAGAUUUCCAAGGCUUCUACUCAACCAUAAGCACAAGACAAGUUACAGACACAACCAUUCAAGACUCUGUUAUCCUACGUCGUGAAACUAUCGCAACACAUGUUACCAAUACAGAUAAAGUGUCAGUCGUGAUAAAAGUCUACAAAGACGUUGAGGGCCUUUUUCCAAGAGAUGUUGACAGCUCCAUAAGUGAAGACCAUAUUACACAGAAUAUGUCUCAUCUGGUAGCAAUAACAAUACUGAUCAAUAACAAGAACAUUAGGAUUCUAUCUGCUCCAAUACUUAUAAACUUUGCCCUCCAGAAUACCGCAUUAAGAGAAAGCACUCCGCAUUGUGUAUACUGGAACAAGUCAUCAAAUGCUUGGAAAAAAGACGGCGUAGAGUUUAUUUCAUCCAAUAACACGCAUAUUCAGUGUUCCACCAUUCACCUUACGACCUUUGCUGUCCUCUUCUCAACUACCAACGUCAAGUUUCCAGACCACCACGCCUUUGCCCUCGACCUAUUGACUUACAUAUGUUGUGGUCUAUCUAUUGCUGCACUGUCUAUUACCUUGAUUAUAUUUUACUCAAUCGAAGCACUCUCGUCUGAUCGCCAUCGCAUCCAUAUGCACCUCUCUUUAUCCAUCUUGUUAUCACAGCUUCUCUUCCUGAUCGGUAUAGAUGCCACGACACACAAGGUUCUGUGCGGCAUCGUAGCUGGGAUCCUGCACUACUUGUUCCUAGCCUCAUUCUCCUGGAUGUGUGUUGAAGGCUUUCAUUUGUACAUGAAGAUCGUCAGGGUCUAUGGAACUGAGAGCAUGAGAAUGAUGUAUUACUAUAUCUUUGGAUGGGGUUUCCCAUUGAUUUACGUUGGAGGCGCUGCUUCAAUAAACUCAUUUGGAUAUGGGACAAAUUUAGCGUGUUGGUUGUCACUUAAAAAUAGUUUUAUCUGGGUGUUCAUUGGACCAGUGGUUAUCGUUGCAUUGAUUAACCUGAUCAUCUUGGUGAUGGUCAUCAAGGUUGUGGUUACCUCAGCUGAUAUGCAGAAGUCCCAACGUGCUAGGAUAAUGUCAGGUGUGAAAGGUGUGUCAGUGUUGUUACCGUUGCUAGGGGUAACAUGGGUGUUCGGUCUGCUGAUCGUACAAGACAACUCGAUUGUCUUUAAGUACAUUUUCACGGUGACAAACUCACUCCAGGGUUUUUUCAUCUUUUCAUUUCACUGUGUUGGUAACAGCGAGGUGAGAGCAGCGCUAAAGAGAUUUCGCGCGAGAACGUUUGAUUUCAAUAGUGCGGUUUUCUUGCCCUCAAAUGGUGACGCAGUGAGUUCUAUAACAAGGAAAAGCCAAAAAUACAGAACAUCUAAAGAGAAAGUGGAGAAAACCAGAGUCCAUCCAUUAAAGAAUACUUCAAACCAAAAAUGAGCAAAAAAGCCUUUCAUUUGUCCAAAUGAAGAUGAAAAGGCAAGUUCGAAAUGAAACAAAAAGGCAAGAGUGGCGGCGUCACACAGAUGAACCGGAGACGUCUUCGAAAGUAGAAAGUUAAGAUAAGUAAUAGAUGAUGAUCUGCAUGGAUGGUAAUAACAAUAAUCACCAAGGUACUGAACUAAACAACAACAUCUACGGCUAUUUCAAAAAAGGUUGACUGACCGACUGAGAGACCGACUGACCGAUCGACCAAACGGUCAGACCAUUACGAACGUUAGACUCACAAUCAUGAUCAAACAUGCCAAAGUGAACGUGCGCCUUUGCUAAAUAUUAUCUAUAUAAAGAUUAAAUAGCUUAGGUUUGCUAAGCAUUUUUACAGAUACAUUAAACAGUACUUAAAAUCGUUUAAAGGAUAAAGUGAAGUCCCGAUUUUAUUUGCCUACUAUAAGCUAAAUUUGUGAUUGUAAUCAGGUAAAUAGGAUUGUAUUAUGUAAUGUUUAAUAAACGAGCAGGAGUGUUUUAUCGGGUAUAAAACACGAGGCGCAGCCGAGUGGUUUUAGACCCGAUAAACCACGAUCUGCGAGAUUAUUGA